CUUUUGUUUCCAUGGAAACUCAUUGAAUUAAGAAAAUUAAAUCGACACUUAUGUUCGAACGUUAUUGAUUCUGUUCAAUAAAUUAAAAAAUUAUACGAUAAAUGUUUUAAAUUAUAUCCAUUCAGGUUUUUGUGUAUUCCAAUGAUUAAUAUAACGCGAGAACUUCUUGAACAGUAUUAUGGAUUUCAUAAUGAAUCUAAUAAUGAUAGAUCUUUGUCAAUUCACCAAUGUGUUAAUAAUAGAAACGAUUAUGAAAAGAAAAAUAUUGACGAACGAACGAUCUUAAAUGAAACGGAGGAAAUUAUAACGAGAGAUGUGCAAAGUGAGAAGAAUCAUAAUGAGGAGGAAUCUGCUGAUUUAUGUACAUAUAAUUUUUGUGGAUUGGAUAAAGAGGAAGAAAAAGAGGAUGGAAAUAUAACUUCUGAAUCACAUUUUGCUAAUAUUUUAAACAAUGAAAAAACUUUUGAUCUACAUGAAAACAAUGCUAAUAUGCCCUAUGUAUCUUAUGAUCCCGAAGAAUUGUGUAUUAGUGAGUUGUGUCCUAUACCUGCAGAAGAUUUAGAUACGAUAUCUGAUAUUUCUUCAGUAAUAACGCAAGACACGCCUCAGCACUCAAACGAAGAAUAUACAGAUUUAUUACCUCUUCCUAAAAAAACGUCAGUUUAUAAUUCAACAUUUGUGGAUUUGUCAAAUGCAAAACUUGCAGUAUUACCAAAUAAUAUAAUGCAACAUUUUUCAAGGAUACGGAUGCUUUAUUUAGAGAAUAAUGCCUUGUCAGAAAUUCCUGAAGAGCUCUUUCCUUCUUUACAAAAUCUUGAAUGGCUAGACAUACGGAAUAAUCAAUUGAAAUCUUUACCAAAGAAUAUAAAAUCUCAUUCUUCUUUACAUACGCUUUUAUUACAAGGAAACAAAAUUCAGGUUUUACCAUUAGAACUUUGCAUGGUACCUAAAUUAAAAAAUUUACAAGUGGCACGUAAUCCUCUUACUAUGCCACCGGAAAAUAUUGUAGCACUUGGAUGUUCUAAUAUUUUAAGCUUCUUAAAAAAUGAAUGGAAUAAGUUACAUCCAGAUGAAGUUGGAAUAAUACCUGUGAAGGAAGUAAAGCCAAAAUCGUUAACAGUUCUUAGUAACGGAUCAAUUAAUAAAAAAAAGUCUGACAUUUUACAAGUUAUUAAUUGCUAUAGCUGCAGUGAUAUAUCAAAAAAAUUUAAUAAAAUGUCUAUGAUAGAGAAAAGAAAAGCUUAUAAACCAAACAACAGAUGUAACAGCAAAGGAACAAAUCUUAUCAGACAAAAACAACUUUCAUGGAUUGAUGAAAUUACAGAAAUGUUGAAUAAAGAAGCUUCUGUACUUCAAAAAAUGAAAAACAAAAUAGCUCUACAAGAAUGGAGAGAUGAUAAAAGCAGUUUCUCUAAAAGUAUGGAAAAGGCUACAAAAAGAAGAGAAGAUGACAUUCCAUUCGCUAUCGAUAAUGUCGACGACUUAUAUAUAUCUAAAGCGGAAAACAAAUUGAACGAUAAAAAGAAUUUGCAAAGAAGAAAUAAAGCAGUAUUCGUAUCACCUACUAACAUAAAUAAAAAGAUUAUCGAAUUAUUGGACUCAUUAACUACAAUAAAUACAGAUGUUAUUACAAAUAUGACACCAACUUCCAAACAAAAGUUUCUAAAUGAUACAAUUAAAAAGAUUUGUCUUUUACAAAAAGAAAUACAUCAUCUUCAGCGACAUAAUAUUACCACAAUGCCUUAAAUCUAUAUUCGAUGUUCCUCCUGUGCUGGAUUCAAUUCAACAAAUCCUAAUUUUGUAUAAAAAUCAUUAGUUUCCUUAUCUGUUGAGCACAUGGUUGUAUGAACUCCGAAAGAACCUAUGUAAAUAUACAAUGCAUACGUCAUUGUCGAAAAUUACUAUUUUUCUUUCCAAAAAAUAUAAAGGAAAAAAGAAAACGAUCAUAUAUCUAUUGAAAGAGUACUUACCAUUAGCUCUUAAAGCUGCUAAGACACAAGUAAUCAAUCUUUUAGGAAUUGACUGAUCUGUUACAGUAGGUAGUAUUGCGCACAAAAGUUUUGAUGGAUGAUGUCUACACAAUUGUUCUGAUACAUCUGGACUAAAUGUAUGAAAAUACUGUAUUGCAUCCUUUAAUAAAAAUUAAUAUAACGAUAGUAGAUGAAAAA